AUGUCUACCCAAUCAACCGCGACCACUCGCUAUCUCGAGGCAGAUGGCAUUCGUUUCGCCUACCGCCUCAUUGGCAAUUCGACUAUCAAUGGCACUGACAGCCCACCACCUCUCCUCAUGUUGAACCACAUUCGCUCAACCAUCGAUCUUGGUGGACCUGUCGGGACAAGCAUCAAAGAUUUCAGCAGGAACCUGAUAUCCUUCUUGCAAGCUCUCCUCCUAAUCCUAAACACCCCCAUUGUGGAUGUGCUUGGCUUCUCUUUGGGAGGAUAUGUCGCACAGCAGCUCGUCCUCGAUGCACCUGACCUCGUCCAUCGACUCGUCCUUUCCGGCACCGGACCUAGUCUUGGCCCAAACCUACAACGCCCAAUGGCAGAAAUCCAGUCAGACGUUUUCGAAGACCCUGCAGUCGUUGCCAACGCCGUCGCAGCGUUCUUCCCUGCCAUUGUCUCCGAUUACGGGUAUGCAUGGAUCAAUCGCUCGCUCAGCAGCCGUGCUGGCAUCGCCGGUACCAACGGGGAACCACCGAUAGCGCCAUUCACGGGCGGAGUAGCACUUCAAAAUCUGACGGAGGCAUAUCUUAGUUGGGACUCGGACCCAGCGCCAUACUCUCUGCUGCAGACGAUACAAAAAGAUGUUCUCGUAACCGUGGGCCAGAACGACUUGGUCAUACCGACAAACAACGGCAUUGUCUUAGGACAUCAACUCCCGAGAGCCAAUCUAGUCCAGUAUCCAACCAGCGGCCACGGCCACCUCUUUCAAUAUGCUGGAAUUGCCGCCAAGCAGAUUUCUGGGUUCCUCAAUGGAGACACCUGGCCAAUAUCACCAUUCUCGGCCGAAUUUGUGGACUCAAUCAUCCAAGCCUAUGGCGGGCUCGAUCGAUACUCAAAGCUCUCCAAUGUAGAGCUCAAGUUCGACUUCACUGGGGCGACCCUGGGUCUCAAGGGUAGACAUACACACCUGACUCCAAUCGCCUCCGUGUCGACGACAGAACAAAAGGUAUCCUACCGCGGACUUGGUGGGCCUGCCGAUGAGGUCUGGGUCUUUACGCCUACCAAGGUCAACAAGCAGCGUCCUGACGGCAGCAUCAUCGGAUCUCGAGAAAAUCCACGACAAGCUUUUGCCGAUCACAAGAUGGAAACUCCGUGGGACGAUUUCCACUUCUUAUACUUCUCGGGAUAUGCUCUUUGGCAGUACAUCAACUUCCCGUAUCUGCUAGCUCGGGGCGAUAUCACGACCAAGGAAAUUGCCUCCCAUCAGGAGCAGGGCGAGACUUGGAGGGUGCUGAAGGUCACAUUUCCAGAUCCGUCUGCGUUUGCAUCACACAGCACCGUGCAGAAGUACUACUUCAACGACAAGCUUGAGCUGGUACGACACGACUACGCGCCUGAUGUUUUGGCUGGAGCACCGGCAGCACACUACACUGUGGACAACGUUGUUGUGGAUGGCAUGAAGUUCUCUACAUCACGGCGCGUUGUGGCAUUGGGCCCGGAUGGAACCCCAAUGUACAAUGGACCGAUUCCAACACUGAUCAACCUUGCAUUUAGAAAGAUUGCAUUGAAAGGCAGUGCCGCGGUGGAAGGUCCAGAGAACGUAUGGUCUCUGACUGAUGCCCCAUCGCCACGGGAAUAG